UCCACACAGAGGGCCGAUUCGCCGCGGCCUGUGGGGCGUGCGGGGGCGGGGGUAUCUUCCGGCUGGGGUUGGUGGCUGGGUUCGUUGAAGGACGUCGGCUGCGGAAUCUGUGACUUGACCAAGAUCAAAGUCAUGGCAGGUCCAGAACCUGAAGGCCAAUUCCAGUUCACUGGUAUUAAAAAAUAUUUCAACUCUUACACUCUCACUGGUAGAAUGAACUGUGUACUGGCCACAUAUGGCAGCAUUGCUUUGUUAUACUUCUACUUCAAGUUAAGGCCUAAAAAAACUCCAGCUGUGAAAGCAACAUAAAUGGAUUCUGAAAUGUCCAACCUCAUCUGUUAAGACCCAUGCUUGGAGAAGCUAAUGUCAACUCAUCAUGUAAUACUCAAUUUGUACAAUAAAUUAUGAACCUGGAAAA